UUCCGAAUCCAAAAAAGAUAACAAUGAAAAAAGGUUCCUGAAGGCUAAAAGCACUCGGCUUUUAUUUCUCUGUCUGCCAUCGAAGUGCCGUAAAUCUAAUCCCUCGCUCCCCUCUCAUUAUCCCGUCCCCUCUCGCUACUCUCUCUCUGUUUCUGAGACAAUGGGUGAACUUCUUUUGCUUAGUUUUCCCGGGCAUCUUCCUCCCAUCUCUACUUACCACUGUAACUCUUAAAGCAGCCCGCUUUACUAGGCUGGACUGGUUUUCCCCACGAUUUCCCGGCCAGAAAAUCUCUCAGAAAUCCCGAGGUCAUAUUCCUUCCAAUUUAACACAACCCCGUCUGGUCGUUCUGCCUCGCACACAUUUCCCUUUCUGGGUAAUCCUCGAACUCGAAGCCAACCAAAAUGAUCACGCUCAUAGAUCUCUACCACGUUCUCACAGCUGUUGUGCCUCUCUAUGUGGCCAUGAUAUUAGCUUACGGCUCUGUCAAAUGGUGGAAGAUCUACCCCGACCAAUGCUCAGGCAUCAACCGUUUUGUGGCUCUUUUUGCUGUGCCUCUCCUUUCCUUUCACUUCAUCUCCACCAACAACCCCUACGCGAUGAACUACAGAUUCAUAGCCGCUGACACUCUUCAGAAGGUUAUAGUCUUGGUGGUCCUCGCCGUCUGGUCAAGGACCAGCUCAAGAGGCUCUCUUGAAUGGUCCAUCACCCUUUUCUCUCUCUCCUCUCUCCCUAAUACACUCGUCAUGGGCAUCCCUCUGCUCAAGGGCAUGUAUGGAGACUUGUCAGGGACCCUCAUGGUCCAAAUAGUCGUCCUCCAAUGCAUCAUCUGGUACACUUUGAUGCUCUUUCUGUUUGAGUACAGGGGAGCCAAACUCUUGAUCGUCGAGCAGUUCCCAGACACUGCCGGGUCCAUUAUUUCUUUCAGAGUUGAUUCUGAUAUCAUUUCCUUGGAUGGGAAAGAACCACUUGAAACCCAAGCUGAAGUUGGUGAAGAUGGGAAACUCCAUGUUAUUGUAAGAAAAUCAGCUUCUUCUCGCUCCGAAAUCUUCUCCCGGCGAUCUCACGGGCCAAAUUCUGGUCUUUCACUCACUCCCCGGCCAUCUAAUUUGACCAAUGCCGAGAUUUACUCGCUCCAAUCAUCAAGAAAUCCAACCCCUAGAGAUUCCAGUUUCAACCACACUGAUUUGUACUCCAUGGUGAACGGUAAGAACGCGAUCAGUGUGAGCCCGAGGCAGUCCAAUUUCGGUAAUCUGGGUUUCGACGAGGAGAGUGGGGUAGGCGUGCUUGGGAAUCCCGCGAAAUUGAAUGGGGCUUAUCCGGCUCCGACGAGUGCAGGGAUUUUCUCGCCGGUCGCGAGGAAGAAGGCCAAUGGGUGUGGUGGUGAAGGAGGUAAGGAUCUUCACAUGUUUGUUUGGAGCUCAAGCGCUUCCCCGGGUUCUGAAGGUGGGAUCCAUGCUUUCAGGGGUGGAGGAGAGUAUGGGAAUGAGCUUGGUGGGGUUGGUCGCCAAAAAGAUUUAAACAAUUAUCAUGACGAGUUUUGUCGGGAUGAGUUCAGCUUUGGAAACAGGCCAGCGACGAAUGGGGAAGGCCCUGUACUCUCAAAGCUCGGUUCGAGCUCCACAACUGAGCUCCACCCCAAGGCUGCAGGUGCUCACGAUGAAUCGAAGAUGGAGUCUUUGCCGCCUGCUAGUGUUAUGACCAGACUCAUUUUGAUUAUGGUGUGGCGGAAGCUAAUCAGGAAUCCCAAUACUUACUCCAGCCUGAUUGGCCUCACCUGGUCAUUGGUCUCAUUCAAGUGGAAUAUCGUUAUGCCAGCGAUAGUUGCACGGUCGAUAUCCAUUCUAUCUGAUGCUGGUCUUGGAAUGGCCAUGUUUAGUCUUGGUUUGUUCAUGGCGUUGCAGCCGAGAAUUAUUGCAUGUGGGAACUCUGUUGCUGCCUUUGCCAUGGCUGUUCGAUUCAUCUGCGGUCCUGCUGUCAUGGCUGCUGCCUCGUUUGCCGUUGGUGUACGAGGAGAUCUUUUGCACAUUGCAAUUGUACAGGCAGCUCUUCCCCAGGGGAUUGUCCCCUUUGUCUUCGCAAAGGAAUACAAUGUUCAUCCUGACAUUCUGAGCACUGGGGUUAUAUUUGGGAUGCUAAUAGCUCUUCCUAUAACACUAGUUUACUACAUCUUGCUGGGACUUCGAAGCUGAGGAACUGAAACUUUGUUAGAGAAAUAGUUAAUACAAGCUAGCUAGUACUUACCCUUUUGGAAUUGGGAGGUUUUUAUUUUCCUCGAACGAAAUAGAAUUUCAGUAGUUUAGAGAACAGAAGAAAGUAGGAAACAUCAGCAAAUUGGGGAGAGAUAGAAGAUGAACAAUAUUGAAGCUGGAGCUCUCACUUUUGUCUUAACGUUUUGUCCUCUUGUUUUUGGAAAAAAAAAAAGGAAUGACCAUGUGCUUCGGCUUUUGUUCCUUUGACGAAGCUUGUUUUUAGUUGCAGAUACGCCUCUACCUUUUUACUUCAUUUUUAAGGUCAAAAGAGGAUUUCGAUUGGAAUCUCCGUGCAAGAAAGUCCAUCGCAUUUGCUUUUUUCUAGAGAAAAACGUGCGUGCAUAGCGUCCUCGGUUGAACUUGCUGUCCCUCGCGCUUUAAAUUUUGACCUCUCUGGAUUUGAAUACAAAUAAUUUAGGUAAAGGCAUAUUGAAAACGUCGCAGAUCAGCUUUAAUCCUUUAGUUAGGCUUGGGGAAAUUAAUGGCUGUCACAAUUCAGAUAAGAUAGAAGGUAGCAGUCGGCCAUGGACACAUCAACGAUUCAACAGCAAUAGAUCAGUGUUCAUUGCAGUCAAGUUUUUUUUUUUUCUCUCUUUGUGCUCGUGAAUUCAAAGUAGUUCCAAACGAUGUUUGCAAGUUUUCUGAACAACCAUGGGAUCAUAUGUAAUUGUAGAUUCACUUCA